AUGCGACUUGGUCUUGACUGUUAUGACCUUGCUAAGUUGCUGCUACUCUACGACCUCAACCUCGAUGUCCACCUACACUGGAAGAAUCUCGACCAGAACGCGUCGACUUCAAUACAUACUGGCAAACAGACCUCGUACCCUUCGGGUGAACGAAGAAUGGACGAACAAGUCCUUCUUUACCACUCAGGACCUCUCGCUCGCUCAACUUAUUUUAUGGUCGAAUGGAGACCUACGAAGUCACCAGAUGGAGCCGCUUUGGAGGGGAGUGAUCUGCUUUGUUUGGAGGACAAUAAAGCUUGGGUGGAUGAUGUCCUUGACCUGUCUCCUCUCCUUGAGCAUGAGUUCGUUACCCAGUGGGAUUGUUAUGACAAAAUAUACCAACCAAUGAACGGCGCAGUAAUGCACUUCAAACAGCACUCUCCCUAUCUCUGCGAAGCAUUCGAGAUCAUGGCCCGCUCGCCUCCACCAAAAUCUGGAACAACCGAAUGA